ACUAGACUCACGGGCUUAGAGCCAGUGCCAUUCACACUCCCCCUUUUCCCCAGCAGACGAACUGAGUUCCUCUAAUCCCUAUGUUCCUUCUCUCCCAUCUCUCUAAAACCCUUCUCUGAAGGACGAACAACUAUAGCUGUGGGGAUAAUACAGCUUUAAGGAAACUUUUGGCAGAUGCGGAUGUCCUAACAUCUGGGCAGUGUUAACAGAAUCCCGGAGGCCCAGACCGACCAGGAGCCACUCGUUCUAGGAAUGUUAAAAUAGAAGGUUUUUUCCAACUGAUGAGAAGAGCAGAGACGAAGGAAAAAGAGGAGGAGAGAGAAAGCAAGCACAAAAGACCAUACAACAGGUGCUGUAUUUCUGCUUUCCUUCACUUACGGAAACUCACUGAUGGCUGAUUUCUGAAAGUCAUUUUCCUUUGCCCUGGUACUUCAAGUUACAUACCUGUAUUCUUAUCUCCCUAACUCUCCCUUUCAAGGAUGGCAAGCCAACUAACUCAAAGAGGAGCGCUCUCUCUGCUGCUCUUCCUAACUCCAGCAGUGACACCAACAUGGUAUGCAGGUUCAGGCUAUUAUCCAGAUGAAAGCUACAAUGAAGUAUAUGCAGAAGUUCCACAGGCUCCCUCCCUGGACUACCGAGUCCCCCGGUGGUGUUAUACAUUAAAUAUCCAGGAUGGAGAAGCCACAUGCUACUCACCAAGAGGAGGAAAUUAUCACAGCAGCCUGGGAACACGUUGCGAGCUCUCUUGUGACCGGGGCUUUCGACUGAUUGGACGGAGGUCCGUGCAAUGCCUGCCAAGCCGUCAUUGGUCUGGAACUGCCUACUGCAGGCAGAUCAGAUGCCAUGCACUGCCAUUUAUCACUAGUGGCACUUACACCUGCACAAAUGGGGUGCUUCUUGACUCCCGGUGUGACUACAGCUGUUCCAGCGGCUACCACCUAGAAGGUGACCGCAGCCGAAUCUGCAUGGAAGAUGGGCGAUGGAGUGGAGGCGAGCCUGUAUGUGUAGACAUAGAUCCUCCCAAGAUACGUUGUCCUCACUCACGUGAGAAAAUGGCAGAACCAGAGAAACUGACUGCUCAAGUAUACUGGGACCCACCCUUGGUGAAAGAUUCUGCCGAUGGUACCAUCACCAGGGUAACACUUCGAGGACCUGAGCCUGGCUCUCAUUUUCCUGAAGGAGAGCAUGUGAUACGUUAUACUGCCUAUGACCGAGCAUACAACCGGGCCAGCUGCAAAUUCAUUGUGAAAGUACAAGUGAGACGGUGCCCAACUCUGAAACCACCACAGCAUGGCUACCUUACCUGCACCUCAGCAGGAGAUAACUAUGGUGCCACCUGUGAAUACCACUGUGAUGGAGGUUAUGAGCGCCAGGGUACGCCCUCCCGGGUCUGCCAAUCCAGCCGCCAGUGGUCAGGAUCACCGCCUAUCUGUGCUCCUAUGAAGAUUAAUGUCAAUGUUAACUCAGCUGCUGGUCUUCUGGACCAGUUCUAUGAGAAACGGCGUCUCCUCAUCAUCUCAGCUCCCGAUCCUUCCAACCAAUAUUAUAAAAUGCAGAUCUCUAUGCUACAGAAAUCCACCUGUGGACUGGAUCUGCGGCAUGUGACCAUCAUCGAGCUGGUGGGGCAGCCACCUCAGGAGGUGGGGCGCAUCCGGGAGCAACAGCUGUCAGCCAACAUCAUUGAGGAACUCAGGCAAUUUCAGCGCCUCACUCGCUCCUACUUCAACAUGGUGUUGGUUGACAAGCAGGGUAUUGACAGAGAACGCUACAUGCAACCUGUCACCCCCGAGGAAAUCUUCACAUUCAUUGAUGACUACCUACUGAGCGACCAGGAGUUGACCCAGCGCCGGGAGCAAAGGGACAUAUGCGAGUGAACUUGAGCCAGGGCAUUGGUUGAGGUCAAGGAAAAAACUCUAGUUAGCUGAAGUUGCGGCAUAAAAAAAUUAGGAAAUGGUUUCCCACAAUUUUAGGGA